GGGCUGGGAAAGACCAGGACAUAUAAAGGCAAAUUGCAUGUGCCCAUCCCAUGGAGUUUUUUCACAUUUUUCCACAAGCUUCACGAAUGCAAAAUGAAGUUGCUCCUCCUGAGUUGCUUGCUGCUUUCUUGCUGUUGUUGCCAAGUUGGGGCAGUGAACAGGGAGUACUACAUCGGCAUUGUAGAGACAGUGUGGAACUAUGCACCUGGCAAUACCAAUAUCCUAUCUGGACAGCUUUUUGCAGAUGAAGAGCAGGCUGGAGUCUUUCUCAAAAGAGGACCACACCGGAUAGGAAGCACUUACAAGAAGGCUGUCUACACUCAGUACACCAGUCACUUAUAUGACAUGAUAGUUGACAAACCUUCCUGGCUGGGUUUUUUAGGCCCUAUCAUUAAGGGAGAAGUUGGAGAUUCUAUUAUUAUUCACUUGAAAAACUUUGCUUCCAGAAACUACACACUGCAUCCACACGGUGUGAGAUACACCAAGGAAAACGAAGGUGCUUUUUAUCCUGACACCACCAAAGAUUUGCAGAAGAGAGAUGAUGCUGUGGAGCCUGGAGGCCAGUACACUUACACAUGGGAUGUGACAGAAGACCAAGGUCCAGCUGAGGGAGACGCCGACUGCAUAACCAGGGUUUACCACUCCCACGUAGAUGCUCCAAGAGAUGUUGCCUCAGGGCUUGUUGGGCCUUUAAUAAUUUGCAGGAAAGAUACAAUGAAUAAGGGCAGUGAUACACAAUUGGAUGCUGAAUUUAUCCUUAUGUUUUCUGUGAUGGAUGAAAAUCUCAGUUGGUAUCUGGAGGAUAAUAUCAGGACAUACUGUUCUGAGCCUUCCAAAGUUGACAAAGACGACGAGGACUUCCAGGAAAGCAAUAAAAUGCACUCAAUCAACGGGUACAUGUACGGCUACCUCCCAAACCUGACAAUGUGUGUGGAAGAUAAGGUAAAAUGGCAUCUUUUUGCCAUGGGUAACGAAGCGGAUAUCCAUUCAGCCUACUUUCACGGCCAGACCUUAAUAGAAAGGCACCAUCGAGUUGACACCAUCAGCCUCUUUCCAGCCACAUUUAUUGACGCUGUCAUGAUACCACAGAGUCCUGGGGAAUGGCUGCUCAGCUGCCAAGUGAACGACCACAUUGAAGGUGGCAUGCAGGCCCUUUUUAAAAUACAAGACUGUAGGAAAUCCACAACAGAUCACAACCACAGUACAAAGAUAAGACAGUACUUCAUUGCUGCUGAAGAGGUCAUCUGGAAUUAUGGCCCAUCUGCAGUGAACCAGUUUACAGGACAAGAACUAAUUGCUGACAAUGAAUCUCGCCUGUUUUUUGAACAAAGUGAGACAAGAAUUGGUGGCUCCUAUAAAAAAGCCAUUUACAAAGAGUACACAGAUGGUUCUUUCACUGAACAUAAAGUAAGACUUGCAGAGGAAGCACAUCUUGGACUCUUAGGACCUGUUAUCAGGGCUGAAGUGGGUGAGAGCAUCAGGGUAACCUUCCGAAACAACGCCAGCCGCCCCUUCAGCAUUCAGGCCCAUGGCGUGAGUUACCGCCGGAGCGAGGAAGGGGCCACGUACGGCGCUGCCUCCAGAGGUACUGAAUCUCCAGCCUCUCACGUGAGUCCCGGUGCUACGUUUACGUACGAGUGGAGCGUGCCCGAAGACGUGGGCCCCACGGACCAGGAUCCAGACUGUUUAACCUGGCUUUAUUACUCAGCUGUGGAUGCAGUCAGAGACACCAGCUCUGGCCUCGUGGGUCCUCUCCUGGUGUGCAGGAAAGGAACUCUGGAAGAUUCUGGGAAACAGAAAAAUGUGAAUGUGGAGUUUUUUCUACUUGCCACAGUAUUUGACGAGAAUCUGAGCUGGUUCUUGGAUGACAAUAUUUUGAUGUUUGCACUAAAUGCUAACAAAAUUGACAAAGACGAUGAGGACUUCCAAGAGUCUAACAAAAUGCACUCCAUUAAUGGUUAUAUGUACGGAAAUCAACCUGGCCUUGAGAUGUGUAAAGGACGUGUGGUUUCCUGGCAUUUGAUGGGCUUGGGGUCAGAAGUCGAUGUCCAUGGGAUAUACUUCUCAGGAAACACAUUCACAGCUAAAGGAACAAGAAGGGAUACAGCAAAUCUGUUUCCACAUACUUUCCUUACAGCUGUUAUGAAGCCUGAUUCUGAAGGAGUUUUUGAAGUGUCGUGUCUGACAACAGAUCACUACACAGCGGGCAUGAAACAGCACUACGAAGUAAACCAAUGCCAUUGGUGGAAUGUGGACCUGUCUAUGUAUUUGCAUGAAAAGAUUUACUAUAUUGCUGCAGUGGAAGUUGAAUGGGACUAUUCUCCUAACAGGACAUGGGAAUUUGAGCGACAUCAAUACCACGAGGAAAGCCCUGGCAAUAAAUUUUUAAAUAAAGAAGACAGAUUCAUUGGCUCAAAAUACAGAAAGGUAGUAUAUCGUGAGUACACUGAUCAGACAUUCAGUACUCCCAAAAUCAGAGCAGAGGAGCAGCAGCACCUGGAAAUUCAAGGGCCCCUGCUUAUGUCAAAUAUUGGAGAUAAAAUUACAAUAGUUUUUAAGAACUUGGCAUCAAGACCUUAUUCUAUCCAUGCCCACGGCGUGAAGACGGACAGUCCUGUUGUUGCUGUAACUAACCCAGGUGAAACUAAAAUAUACGUCUGGAAAAUCCCAGCGAGAUCUGGUUCUGAGAGAGGGGAUCCACACUGUAUCGCGUGGGCGUACCAUUCAACGGUGGACAUCAUCAAGGACACUUACAGUGGAUUAAUAGGCACCCUUGUUGUGUGUAACAAACAUUAUUUGCCAUCAUUUCGCACUGAAAAGAAAGUUCAGUUUGCUCUUCUUUUUAUGGUUUUUGAUGAAAAUGAGUCAUGGUACUUGGACGAAAACAUUAAAACCUAUUCUGCCAACCCGCACCUUGUUGACAAAGAGGAUGAGGAAUUUCUUGAAAGUAAUAAAAUGCAUGCCAUUAAUGGAAAAGUCUUUGGAAACCUUCACGGUCUGACUAUGCACGCCGGAGACAAAGUGAGCUGGUACUUGAUGGGAAUGGGCAAUGAAAUAGAUAUUCACACUGCACACUUCCAUGGCCACAGCUUCGAGUACAAGCAAACAGGGGUUUACCACGCAGAUGUCUUUGAUCUGUUCCCUGGGACAUUUCAAACUGUGGAAAUGACCCCGCAGAACCCUGGGACCUGGCUACUGCACUGUCACGUUACUGACCACAUCCACGGUGGCAUGGAAACAACCUACACGGUGCUCCCAAGGCAAGGUAGGAACUUGUCCGUGAUGUUCAUCAUGUUUAAGAUGCAGAAUGCGGGACAGCAUGCUUGGAACCAGUUCAGGCAUCCAGUAAUAUUCCAUGACUUAGUAUUGGUAUGUGGAGGCCAAAAAUUUCGUAAGCCACCCAGCCAUACUUGCCUUGGUGCUGCUCAGAAACCAGAAGUAGCUAAAGGACUGAAUGUUAACUGA